GUAGGAGAAGAGACAGGGAAAGGGGGAGGGGGGAGAAUUUGAGGGGAGAGGAUUUUAGGAGAAAGGGAUAGGAGAGGAUUAGAGAUAGAUAUAGAGAAGUUAGAGAUAGACUACAUUUCUAUAUAAGAUAGAGAUAGAGGAGAGAGUGAGAGUGUGUUUGUGUGUGUCUGUGUAUUUGUGUUUGUCCGUUCUUUCCACAAGCUGGUACUUUACCAGCCAGCUAAAAGGCUGCCUUGUUUUUCGAAUCUUUGAGAAUCUUACAGGAAAACCUUCCCAUUCAGCAUGUUGCGAAGAAAUCGAGUACUUCCCCGGGACUUGGUCCAGGAGCAACAGCAGAGCCUCUUCCAGCAGGCAAAAUUCCUUAUCGUCCAAGGACGCACUCACCGUAUCGCACCCUUGCCAAGGGGCAAUAGGGAGCAAGUAUUUGACUUUACGGGCCAGGAGGACAUGUUUCCCGCCAGAUGCCCCACGCAGGAGAAGGACAUUGUGACCCCAUCCUGGGUGAGGAGUUUGGCGUUGGCGGUUCCCCCUAUGACCCUGGGAGUUCCUUUAAUCCUAGUGGAACCAUUCCCUCCUGCUUUGCCAAAGAUACAUCCAAAAUCCACCAUGGCCUGUCCUGACCAAGCAGCCGAUGCUCCUCCGAAUAAGACAUCCAACGUGCGCCCUGCGCUGGGCAAAGAAUACAAGACAUCCCCUGGGAUUGGGCUGGAACCCUCCUCCAAUUGGACCCACGGUGAAGCUCCUGGACUUGAAAACCCCCCAACAUCUUUUCCUGUCAAGGCCAGUGGUGACCUGAAGAGGAGCACCAAAGUGCAUCCUGGCCUGGCGACAGUAUCCCAAACAUCCCCUGAAAUGAUCCCUGGACCCUCCACCAGUUGCCCUCAAGGAGAAGCGUCUGGGCCUGAAAAACUCACAACAUCUUUUCCUAUGCAAGCCUGGGGUUCACUGAAGAGGACCACCAAAGUGCAUCUUGGCUUGACCCCAGAGUCCAACUCUUCACCCAAGAUGGAAGCCAAGCACUCUUCCCAAAGGGUCCCAGCAGAUCGUUCUGGGCAGGCUCGAUUUCAUUUUUUCCCCAAAAAAUCCCCCUCUGAAGGAGUAUAAUGUCCUGGCUAGCUCCCAGUCGGGCCUCUGGAUCAGUCAAAAUCAGGAUCAGUCACAGUCAGGAACAGUCCAAGUCCCUGGUCUUUGGGAGGAGAAGUGAAGGAGGCAAGCUGCCAUGUGGCUUGUCAAAGAUGGAUCCUGGACUGUGGAAUCUGGAGCCCGAAGUCUUCCCUCCUGAGAGCCUGAAUAGGGAAUCUCCAUUUUAUUAGUAAGUUCAUUUCAAAUCAUUGUAAGAACGGGACUUUCCCCAACCUAAUCUCCAUCCGAACCAUGUGAACCCAAUCUCCAUGUGAACCUAAUCGAGGUAGGAUGUGACUCCCCUGUGAGAACUUGACCAUUCCCUACCCCAUAACAACAGCUGUUUCAGCUCUUACUUGCAUGAGAACUUGACCAUUUUUUAACCUAUAAGCUAGGCACGUACCACCUGUGUUUUAGCUCCAAAUACGUGAUUCCAGGAACUCACCACUCCUGGGAACCGUUGCUAUUGAUAAGGACUGGCCCCCUUGUCAAUACAACAUUUGACUAUAACCAUCUGGAGCCCUCGUUGGUACAUCCCUGUCUUACAUGAGGUCUUCAUUUGGCCCAAAGCCUUCUUUGUCUUGAUUUCUAUAAAAAGCAGGCAAAGCAUUCUCCAUUUUUGGAGCCUCACCCACAGAGAUAUUCCUGUGCCUGGGACCCACUUUUCCUGAUCGAGUUGAAGGCUGCAGAAUGGGGCCCCCAGCCACUCUAGUGUUUCCUCGAAUUGGUGAUGUAUUCUCUAUCUCUUUCCUCUAUCCUAAUCAUAAUCCUCAUCAUUCUUUGUUAUGUGUUAUUUGCUGUUUUAGUUGUUAUUGCAAGCAAUCUAUUCCGUGUAUUGUAUAAUUAAAUUUUCCUUUCACUUUAA